AGCCAAAAAGCGUCUCUGCUUGUUAUUGCUGUUGUAUCUCCUCUUUUUUAAACCUCCGCACCAUUGAUUUGCGAUAGUCGGCCACGCCUCCAAAACCAACAAACGAAGAAAGAAAGAGCCUUUCUUCUAUUCUUCUUUUCUUCGUUUUUGAAGGUGCCUUGAACUCCGCCCUCACACACGUUGUAUACACUUCCGCCUCCAUUCUUUCGUUCGUUGCUCUUGUGUGUCAGUGUGUGUGUUCAACCCACCAUGAAGUACGAUCGCACGUCGUCCUCCCCUCGAAUGGCGGUGGAGGAGACACAUGAUGACGUGAAGCGCCGCGGCCGCCGUGUCGUGGCGACCACCGCCCUGCAACCGGGCGACGCAAUCUUCGCUACCCCGCCCGACCUGGCCGUUCUCUACUCCCCGUUUGCGCGGCACAUCUGCGCCCGCUGCCUCGUCGCCGAGGUGGCGCCAGAAGACGCCGGCGGCGGUGGCGGCAAAGUUCAGCGUUCGCAGCGACGUAAGCGGAGGUCGCCGUUGAACAGUGCCCCAGGCGCGAGGGGUUUGCUGGCGAACCACGCAUCUGCUACGGCGGCGGCGACCUCCGCCUCCUCGUCGUUGCCGUCGUCGGCGCUGAUGUGCGGCACGACGAACCCCACCUUGAGCACGACGCACUCCGCGCUGGUGCACCCGCACAACGCCUACAUCUGCCCCAACUGCGACCAAUUUGUGCUGUGCGCGGCGUGCGUGGCGCAGCUAGUGCUGGAGGUGGAGCUGCUGGCCGCCGCGGCCGCGGACGAGGAUCCAGCCUGCGCGACGAUGGUCCGCCCGGUCAUCACGGUCAUGUCGGAUGAGAAAGCAGUGCUGCUGCAGCAUCCACUGCUGCGUGCCCACACCAUCUCCUGCGCGUGGUACACCGCCCUGCCGGAGUCAAUUCGCGCUCCGGGCAACGACACAGACUUUCUUCGCUUCUGCUUAGACUACGGCGCGCGGGUGCAGCUGGGCGACACGGCGAUGGUGGCCGCGCUUGGCAAACUGGACACGAACGCCGCAGUGCAGUCGAAGGAGGCGCACCACCUGUGCGAGGUCUUCGCGCGCGAUCGUGUUGUGGCCACCUUCGGUCCGCACAAGACACCGGCGACGGGGACAACCACAACCACCACCACGGCCACCGCAGCUGCUGCUGUUGCUGCCACCACGGCUCUCGCGACGCAUAGCAUUACGCGCAGCAAGCAUGAGGGCGUGCUCACUGCAUCGCCCAUCGCAACACUCUCCAGCGCAGACACGUCUGACCCGUUGGUGGAAAGGAAUGCUUCCCGGCUUAGCGGUAAGGCGCCGCUGCUGGAGGCGCCCGUCUUCCCCCCGCCCUACCCGGUUCCGUGGACGGAGCUGCGCGACGUGCUGCUCCGCACUCGCUGCAACAGCCUCGGCUUCCCCUUCAGCAGCUGCGAGACGAUGGGGUGGUCGCUGCAGGAGACCGUGUGCAUGCUGAACCACAGCUGCGCGCCGAACGCGGCGGUCGUCAUGCUGUACGACGCCGAUGACGAGCAGCGGCGAAGGACCGCCCACGGGGCGGACGACAACCCCCAGGAUGCGGCGGCGGCGGCGGAGGUUGUGACGAGCACUCGCGUGCAGCACCUGCACGGUCUGCGGAAGGCACAGCGGCUAUCGACCGCCCGCCCGGUCGAGGGCGACGCGACGGCCACAGCUGUCGGCGGCAGCAGCAGCAACAGCGGCAGCGGCGGGCGGCGGAGAAACCUGAACUCCUACCGCGCCAUCGCGGUCUCCUCGCCGUCGCCCUUCAGCACGUCGUUCACGGAGUCGCUGGAGGGUUGGAUCGGCAUCCAGGCCACGCGCCCGAUUGCGGCCGGGGAGGAGAUCACCGUGUCGUACAUCGAUUUGGAGAUGUACGGCGACGACGUGCAGGCCCGAUCGCGCCAUUUGCUGGAGCAAUACCGGUUCCUCUGCACGUGCGAGCUGUGCGUCCGGCAGCGUGGUCGCAAGGUGUAA